GACCGACUCUCUCCAGCGUCCCGCGUCCAGCGUCCAGCGUCCCGCGUCCAGCGUCCAGCGUCCCCAGACGGCCAUCAAUAUACACCACACACACCACCAUACCACACCGACUCCACGUUACGACCACGACCACGACCACGACCCCGUACUCUAGUAUCUCAUAGUACUCGAGGACGAUUGCACCGUGUUGUCGACACCACCAUUGACCAACAUUCUCGGCGCAAGUCGACCCCAAACACACGCGCGGUGGACCACGAGCCGCCGACCUGCGCCGAGCUGAGAGUUCGAGUCCUACCCCAAGAAAUUCCUCAACACCACCACCCUCCCUUCCUUCCUCCCAACCUCGAAUCUCCCAGGGCAAUCAUCACGCCAUGUCGACGUCAGUCAAGCGGGCGUGCGACGCCUGUCACCGCCGCAAGGUGAAGUGCGAUGGCAUCAAUCCGUGCCGGAAUUGUUCGUCGGCUCAGCUCUCGUGUACCUACCACGCCAUUCCGCAGAAGAAGGGCCCCAAAGGAUCGCGAGCAAAGGUCAUCAGUGAGCUCCGCGAGACGCAAAGACAAUCGACCCUCUCGUCGAAAGUUGCGAAUCGAUUGAACGGCAUCAACAGUCCACCAUGUAGUCCCACCUUGGCCCCAACCCCAGGGUUGCUGACCGCAGACAUGAUCAAAGAAUGCCUCGAGUUCUUCUUUGCCAACAUGUAUCCGACUUUGCCUAUUCUGCACCGUGGACGUCUCGAACAACAGGCCAUGUAUGCGGAUCAAAAUGUCGAUACCUACUGCUUGUUGACGUCGCUCUGCGCCUUCAUGAUGAUCCAGCCAGGGAUGGGAAUACCAGGCGAUCCUCUGGGACUGGACAGUUUACCAGGGGCCAAUCUGGUGUCCGGGAACUUACUGAUGGAUGAGACAUUGAGGGUGAGGAAGAGCUAUGAUCAUUUGGAAAACCCGACUUUGAACAGUCUCGUUACCAGCUUCUUCUUAUUUGGAUGCAAUUUCGGCUUGGAUAUGCACAACAAGGCUUGGUUUCACCUUCGAGAAGCUACAACAUUGGCACACAUUUUGGCAUUACAAAAGGAGGAGAGCUAUUCGCAAUUCGACGCCAUUGAAUCCUCGAGGAGACGUAGACUUUACUGGCUGCUUUUCGUCACCGAGAGGUAUGUAUACUCCCCAAAGAUUGGUUCGAGAUGCUAAUACUAGAGCAGAGCAUAUGCCCUUCAACGACAUCGACCACUCUCCCUCCAAGCCACCAUUAACCUUCCUUCUCAAGAUGACGAUCCUUCCGAUCCCCAAGCUCAACAUUUACACGGAUUUCUACACCUCAUCAGUCUUUUCAGACCCUUCGAUGACAACUUUGUUGCUCUUUGGAACAAAACAAGAACCGAUUGUACGCCACCAUACCUCGCAUCUUUACAAAAACAACUGAACGAGGCUUUACCCGCAUAUCUCAACUCGACCGAAAAUCAGACGGUGGAUUUGAGAACCAGUCAACAAUGGCUUCGAACCAUGGUAUGGCAAUUGAGCAUCCAAAAUGGUUGCUUGAGUUCCAAUCAUGACGAUCCAAGCAUGACUUUCAACUAUCCUGUUGAAAUCGCUUGGGAAUUGAUAUCCAUGACCUCGCAAUUCUCCCAACAAAGCAUGGAGGUCCAUGGAAUGGGUCUGGUACGCUUGAUAUCCUGGUUUCGGCAUUUCCCACGCUAACUUUAAAAUUAGAUUGAGAAACUUUUCGAUGUCGCGUGCUCUUUGACCGACGUUCUCUCCCUCUUGCCGCCAAAUCCCGAUCCAUUUCAACUAGGACCCCGAGAUUAUCUCCACGACUUUGUGCGAAUCCUUUCCGUUCUUCGUCGCGGCGAUCACCGUUUCCUGCCCCUUCUUCUCUCCAAGGUCCACGAUGUUCUUCCCCGCCUUGUGAACCCCAUGCUUCAGACGGUACCAGAUACCCCUGCACCAAACCUUUGCGCGGAGGUUGACAUUUUUGAUGGGUUCGGUAAUGCUGGCAUGGGCGUGCCAAGUACCUUUUCGGGAUACAACGGCGAUGGAACAAGCGGUCAUUUCAAGGUUGAACCAGAAACCGAGUUCAACCCAUCCAACGUACCUCUGGCUCCCUUUAAAAAACGUGUCGAAGAGCUGGCAUCCCCCGUCAAUGGUCCUCCUAGCAGUCACAGUACGGAGGGUACCCCAUACACAAGCCCCCCCACUACUCAGAGCCCGAUGAGCCCGAUGGAAUAUCCAGGUAUGGCUCAAUAUGGCGGAGGAUAUCAAAAUAUUAGCUCGGCUCCCAUUGGCAACAACAUCAACGCGAAUUCCAUGGGAAACUUUAACUCGAACGUUGGUGGUGGACAAGUCGAGUUCAAACAAGAAUUUGAUGGCAACAUGGGUUUGAAUCAUCCGAACAUGCCAUCGAGUACAGGAUCCGUGGGGCCAAUUAGACGACCACCACUCCGACAGAGCAGCGGAUCUAAUUUUGGAGUCAAGAUGCCACGGAGCAUACCGGAGCAGUAUCGAAAUCUGCAUAGAGCUACGACCACCGGUGAUCUCUCAAGGAAUGGGAGCCGGGAUGAAUGGUGAUAUGAGUUAUCGUUGCUCGUGUGAUAAAGGUCGACCUCCAGCAGUGUGGUACCUGUUAAGCACAAGCCAAGCUAUCGAUGAAGUGGAGUAGAUUGACUUUGGAAGUUCCCAAAUCAACGCCACUGAGAUUUGGGUGAAAAUAUUGAUAGUCGGAUCUUUGAUAUUGUUAUACGCCAUUUCAAUGCUCUGCUAAUGUUUUUGGACAUGGUUCUUUCCUUUCUCUACUUCCUUUUACUUGCGAUUCAAAAUCCAGUAUCGUAUACCAGAAUUUUCUUUCACACAAAAGGAGUUUUAAUCUUGGGGCGUUUUUAAUUUCUUUCCUUUUCUUUUCCUAUUUACCUUUUGU